AUGCUACGUAGCUCUUUCUCCGGGGAGAUUAAAGUGGAGGGGGGCGGGCCAUGGGGGCCGGCGGAAAGGGCGGGGGGAGGGGCGGAAGGGGAGGCGGAGGGUGGGGCUGAGGGGAGCAGCCGCGGGCGAGGGAUUGCAGAUGCUGCUGCGGUGCUGCGGAGCAUAUGGGCGGAGGAGGAUAUGGAGGGGGUGGAGAUUGAGGGGAUAGAGUGGGCGGGCGCACGGGGGGGCGCAGGGGGGGAAGCGGGUGGCGGGGGAGGCGGGGGGGUAGGAUGGGAAGGUUUCAGCAGCGCGCGCGCCAACGUGUGCGUCUACUCGGGCAGGUGGCAGUACGAGGCAACUCUAGGCUCCUCCGGCAUUCAGCAGAUUGGCUGGGCGACAUUGGCGUGCCCGUUCAUGGCAGAGGAGGGCGUGGGGGACGCGCCCGACUCAUAUGCUUUUGAUGGGAAGAGGGUGCGGAAGUGGAGUGGGUGGUCGGCUCAGUAUGGCCAGCCGUGGGCGGCGCAUGAUGUGAUUGGGUGA